CCAACCCCCAGGUUCGAGGACGGCGGGGGUGCGGGGUACGGGGGGCUGUGCGCUGCUGUGCGCGCGUACGGGCGCGUUGCCACGUCGCGCACGAUGCCCAGCGCGUGCGUCCUGCGCGCGCCUACCAAGCCCGUGACACACGUGCGCACGUGGUGCACGCUGCACACCUACGACGCCCACGGGCACCCACAGGUCACGGGGAUACGUGGGGGUCACGGGGGAUACGUGGGGACAUUCACCGUGACCGCGCGGGUGUUCGGGCGCGCGGUGGGCAACUCGGUGACGGUGAACGUGGGUGGGCAGCACAACCCACACGCGGUAUACGGGACGCGGGGCACGGGGCCCGAUAUGUUCAUGCAGCCCGCGGCCCUGUGUGUCCUGCAGCAGCGCCGGCCCCACGGGGACGUCGCAACGACCGUCUUCGUGGCAGACACGGGCAACAGCAGGAUCAAGGUGCUGGAUGGGGGCUGCAGUACUCCAGAAUGGGAAGCCGUUAUGUCCUUAGUGGUGUCCAAAGCUGGCAGCAGUACUCCAGAAUUGGAAGCCGUUAUGUCCUUAGUGGUGCCCAAAGCUGGCGGCAGUACUCCAGAAUGGGAAGCCGUUAUGUCCUUAGUGGUGUCCAAAGCUGAGAGCAGUACUCCAGAAUGGGAAGCCAUUAUGUCCUUAGUGGUGUCCAAAGCUGACAGCAGUACUCCAGCAUGUAAAGCCGUUAUAUCCUUAGUGGUGUCCAUAGCUGGCUGCAGUACUCCAGAAUGGGAAGCCGUUAUGUCCUUAGUGGUGUCCAAAGCUGGCAGCAGUACUCUAAAAUGGGAAGCCGUUAUGUCCUUAGUGGUGUCCAAAGCUGGCAGCAGUACUCCAGAAUGGGAAGCCGUUAUGUCCCUAGUGGUGCCCAAAGCUGGCAGCAGAUGGGUGAUGUUGUUCACCCACGACAAACUUAAGGAACCCACGGGCAUCGCAGUAACGGCGCUGGGGGAGAUCCUGGUGGUUGACGGGUGUCAGGUCCACGUGUUCUCCCCCAGCGGGGGUAAACUGAUCGCCUCGUGGGGCGAGCGGGGCAACACCGACGGCAAACUGGGGGACGUGGGCGCCAUAUGCACAGUCCCUCCUCCCCCAGAGGAGGGGAUGGGGGACAGCGUGACGGGCUACUCCGUGCUGGAGCCUCGCAAAGUAACUGAGGGCGAUCAGUCGGUGGAAGACGCGUCUGCUGACGCUGAUGAACCUUCGGACGGUGAAUAUUGUUUUGAGACUGGGCAGGGUGGCCCAGUGUUUGACUACGCCCUUGGCACGCUCAUCUUCACGAUAGACUCGAGCGAGUCUCGCCUCAAGCGCCCCGCGGGGCUCGCCACCACCGACGACGGCUGGGCGCUCGUGCCGGACAUUGCGGGCUGCUGCGUGCGGCGGUAUAGGUACCGCUAGUGCUGGUG